AUCAUGUCUGUCACACUAGACGGGAUAUUUUUUCUAUUACGAGGUUUUACAUCAAUGAAUACAGUAGCAUUCUUCUUGCCCAUUAUAUCAUAUAGCACGGACUUCUGUUUUCGAUCGGACCCCGAUGAUGUUUUGUCUCAUUUCUAUCUCCCUCAUUUUGAUGGGGGGUCUGGAAUUGAUCCCCGCCAUUGCCCUGCCUCGCCACUCCCAAAAAGCUACAGAGGCCGUGCCUGUAACCCUAGAAAUCCACGAUCCAUCCGGCAGAUUUAGGAGAAGUUUAGACAACACGCCCCCUGAAAACUUACACGUCAAAAUGACCACAAGCUCAGGCGUAACAUCUUUAUACGCUCAACGUAAACGACGUCACGUAACCCAGCCUAGAAUUUAUAGCGCCACAAAGAAUGGUUUUAUUCAGGAGGAAUCUGUACAUACUGGGGAAAGUAUAUUCUACGUGAAUGACACAGAUAAAACGGCCAUCACGAUCAAGUGGAAUAAUUUGACGUCACAGAAAUUUUAUGGAAGUUUUGUCAAAGACGGCCAUUCACAUUUAAUAGAACCGGCCCCGGGUGCGAGUGACACGCCCGCGGGGGAGAUAGGUCCUCACGUGGUCAGUAGGAUAGAACUCGUGGUGGACUACUUCCGGGAUGCCGUGGUCCUUCAAGACAGCGAAGAUUCUCCACUAAAAGAGGACAGCCAAAGAAUUAGCCGCGAACGACGUCACAUAACACGUGACCAGAAAACUAAUCGAAAAAGUUCUUUCAUCAGACCGCGGCGUCAAGUGAUCCAAAACAAACUUUAUGUGGAGUAUGGGAUAGUGGCCGAUUACAAGAAUUAUCAAAGAUGGUUGUCUACUACAAACUUAAGUCUACCAGACUCAGAAAGAGAUUACGUCACAAAGACCCGGAUGGUGGAGUUUUAUGAUCAUGUGGUCAACUCGAUUGAUGCUAUUUUCAAAUCAGCUGACAAUGAGAGAUACAACUUCAACAUCAUCAUGUCCGGUAUCGUCAUCUUCAACGAAACAAACAGUCCGCCUUGGACUCACCACCACGCUCUGUGCCCCGGAUGUGACAUUGUGGAUGAUUACGAGGUUCUCCGGCAGUUUUCUGAUUGGUCCAAACAAUUCUUACAGAAUAUCAUACCACACGACCACGCGGCUCUAUUUACCGGGUUUGAUUUAUACUACAGAGAUCUAGACUCUCCAAAAACGAUAGGAUUGUCUUUCCUGAGCCGGAUGUGUGGGAACUGGUCGGUGUCCGUGGUAGAGGAGAAAGUGAACGCUCUCACUGUCCAUGUAGCGGCCCAUGAACUCGGACACAAUUUUGGAGCGUCGCAUGACGGAAGUCUUAAUGCAGAAAUGUGCUCAGCCACGAAUCUUAAUUUAAUGGCAUCCAAGAUGUCACGUGUUACAGACCCAGCAAAAGCACGGAAUCCCUGGACAUUUUCUGCUUGUUCACUCCAAAGCAUUUACGAUUAUGUGGACAAAAUAACACGGGAGCGGAGAAAUUGUCUGCUGGGGGUUCCCGCGUUACAGAACCGCCAUUUUCUUCCCCAGCCUGGACUGGUUUAUACAGCAGACGAACAGUGUCAAAGCUCUUACGGCAAUCGUUCACGUGUUUGUAGGAAUUAUCACCAUGGUGACUGGACGUCGAUGUGUUAUGGACUGGCUUGUUUGGUGCCAGAAAAAUCUGAAUGUCACGUGAUCUUUCCUCAUGACGGCACGCCCUGCGGAUAUCAAAAGUGGUGCAUACAGGGACUUUGUGUCGACAGCUCUAAAGCUAACAAGGUGUCGGAUGUCUGUCCUCUUGGAGAUGACCCCUUCCUGACCUGUGUGAUGUCUGAUUGUGAUCCAAGGAGUGGGAGGCAUGGCGAUUGUUGUCAGUACUGUCAAGAGUCUAAAACAACAAUGACAACAACAACAACAACAACAACAGAAAAACAAACUAGUGCCAGACCUCCCACAACUAAGACUGUGACAAGUCAUGUCUCAACACCAUUGUCCUCAACAUUUGAAUAUAACAGUAAAACUACUGUCAGGAAUAUCUCAACAAUUCAACCAGAUAACUCUACCCUGCAUCCAACAUCUCAACUAAAUAACUCUACUCUGUCAACAUUUCAGCCAAAUAACUACAGUCCAUCUUCAGUAUCUCAAACAGUCAACUCAAGUCUGUUGUCAACAGCACAGCCAGAUAACUCAGAUUCAAUUUCACAGGUCACUCUCUCCUCUAGCCCUGGACAUGACCAGCAGACGACAGCCUCACCCAACAUUACUGAGAGUACUGUACAGACUACAGAUGUAACAAGGCAUAAAACCACACAACCAUUUAGUCAAAGACUCGUGUUCACUUCCAAAAUGGAGGCAUCCAUUGGUGUUUUUCUGUCUCUGGUUGUUUUACUGUGAUUUCAUUAACCAUGUUUCAUUAUCAUUGUAUACUGAUGUAAUCAGCUGUUGAGCUUGUUAACCAAAGCAUUUGUUGUGUUAAUGUUGAUGCCAUUUUGAAGAUCUCUGCCUCAUUUCAAUUUCAAUGAAUGCAGACCCCGGUGAAGCUUUAUAUAGUUUCAAACACAU